AUGUCCUCGUCCCCUUCGUCGGUUAAGCAAAGGUCGCCGAAGCGGACUUCUCCAAAAAGAACACCACUGCAACAGCAGUCAGCCUCCCAAGCGAACGAGGUCUCCUGCCGCCUGGGCAAAGAGUCGCGAUCAGAAGAGAGCCUGGACAUAUACAAUGCCAAUCCAUUCCCGACGAAGCCUUCGCAAGUGCUCUUGCCCAGCACCCUCCGCAAGAAGAAAAGCUUCGGCCCGAGCCCACUCACCGAUGCCUUUGGAUUUCUGUCCGACAGUGAAGCAGGCACAAGCAGUGUCUCGAAGAGCUCGCGGGGUUCCCGCCCUACUGUUAGACUAAAGCGAUCAGUGAAAGCACUGAGAGAUCUGUAUGAGUCCCAGGCAGAUGACACCUCGCGUCCUUCUACCGCAACUUCACCACCACUUCGCCCGAGCACGGCCAGUUCAUUGCGGUUGAGAAGUCUCAGCUCGAGUGAGAGCUUGUCCGGGAGAUAUGCUUGGGAGUCAUGUCGUCAGAUUUCCAACGAGGACUUGGCAUUACUGCCGGCUUUGCCCACAGGACCCCAUGCUGUCAAGAGGCUCUCGUCGCGAACGUCUUUCUCCAUAGCUGAAGAUCCCACUGUCAGCUCGAGCCCAAACUACAAAGUGCUGGGCGCAACAUCGAGUCCGCGGCCUCCAGCAUUGAAAGAACCAAAUAGUCCUCUGCUGGAAGCCUUUGAAGACCCACCAAGCACUAGCUCAGCUGAACAAAGCUCCUCAAGUCCCAAUGUCGUCCGCCUUGCACACAGCUCCAGUACAGAAGACUUCCAAAGCACUGACCAGUCCUCGAGCCCCAAUGUGGUCCGCCUUGGCCACACGUCGACGACAGCCCGGAAAGCACAGUCGGACUACACUAUGCGAUCUCGGUCCUCCUCAUCAACGUCCCUAGGGAAAAGGAAGAGGUCCAACACGGCAGGAGGGCGGUCUUUUGCUGAGAGGACACGGGCAGGAAAUCCUCUUGGAUCGAGUCCCCCACCCAACCACCGCAUCGACACUUCGGCUGCGGACACAAGCUCGCCUGUCAAUCCUGGUUUACCGUCAUCAGCACCGCAAAGCAUUCAGCAAAGCAGCGCUGUCGAUGAGUCGAGUCCAGUAGUCCGAGUCUUGGGCCGGGACGACCCAUCCUCUGAUCGCAGCUCUGUUGCGGAAACCCAUUCGAGUCUUCAAGCUGCCCUGAGCUCCAGCCCGCCGAGGAUUCAAUAUCCGAUUGUUCGUGCUCCGCCUCCCAGUCAGCAGGUUGGCAUCAACAUCCCAAAACGCAACUCGAGAUCGAUGUCUACAGAAGGCUCGGCACCAAGGUCUUCGUCUACUUUAUCAGGAGUACCAUCUGAAGGUUCCUGGUUGAGGUCGAGGCACAUCAGUGAAAUCAGCGAAAUCAGCGAGAGUAGCGAGCUCUCUUCGGUUGCCGAUCUUGACGAAUAUCUCAACUCGGAAGACCUAGCUCCAGCAUCUAAAUACAUCAUUAAUGAAUCUGCGAACCAGACACAAGUCCGCCUGGUUCCAGCUCCGCGAAUUGAUACGACGAUUGUGUCAGGCGACGGCGACCAUCAUUCGAUCGACCCUCACUACCACGAAGCCUCGGACGAAGUUUCUGCCCUCCCUAUGUCAGAAUAUACGUACAGAUCCUCACCUCUCCGACAGGUUCGGAGCGGUAGCCUGAGCGGACUUUCCUCAGGCACCAAUUCAGCACAACAGUCUACAACUCGCCUUAAUUCCAUGAGAUCAUUUACGCAGUCACGACAAACCAGUUUUCUUCGUCCCAGCUCUUCUUCCAGCAGUAUCGUCAGUGCCGCUCCAGUCCCCUCGUGGGCCCGGAGAUAUUAUUCGGGCAUGUACAGAGAUUCUUUCCAUUACUUAUAUCCCAGCGGAUCUUAUUUGAGUUUACGUUCGCUGGCUGCGAGACAAGCACCGAUUCCGGUCUCGACGCUGGCACGAGUACCUUCUCGACCUGAAACAACGAGGUCGGGAAGUCCCAGCCUCAGCAACAUCCAUUACAGUAUGAGCGAUCGGUUAGGAGGUCUUCUUCGGCCCAAGAGACCGAAGCUAGCCGCGAAAAAAUCCCACACUCUCCCGGGAGUAGGUCCGCUUGUCUCAAAUCCAGCUACCAAAUCCCUCCCUCCUCCACCAUCCGUAGCACAACCUUUUGCACAUGGAGCACGGCGGCAGUCAUACCAGCAACCUCGAAUCUACGAGCUACCUACCGGACAGCACAGCAGAGCGGCGUCUAUGCCCUUGCCUCCCGUCGACCCUCGUGCGCACUGGGCUGGCGUCAUCCAGAUACACGAGCUCCCGCAUGAAGAUGGAAGGGGUUCAAGCUACACGAUCCAUCACCACUCGUAUACUUACAGCGCCUCGGGGUCUGAGUCGCUGAACCAAUCCGUCAUAUAUCGUCCUUGGGGUAACGAGAUGCGCAGCUCAUGGCAUCGGUGGUCCUCAUCUCCUCAUCUCCAUCAUGACGCCCGACUGAACACGGGCUCCUCUGUGUCCCGUGGUUUCGGAUUCCCAUUCAAUUCGAAAGCACGCUGGACGACCGGCGUCCCUGAAAUCACCACAAACGACGGCGACACACCUGGGCCAAUGUUCCAACUCGAUCUCCGCUCGGUUCAGGUUCUAGCUUUUGCCACUGGAUUCCUCAUGCCGUUGACGUGGUUCGUCGCUGCGUUCCUACCUCUUCCACAACGGCCAGAUAGUUUUGGUGAUAUCGAGAAACGAGUUUACCGGGAAUCCCGUCAGCAAUGGCAUCAAUCCCAAGCUCAGCGUCAGCCGUAUCCUGGGCAGCAGCCUCACCGGCAAUCCCUGCGAAACUCCCGAAACCAGGGUACCUCGCGUCCCUCACAAAAUCCAGGUUUGGAAUCAGGCUCUCUUGAAACGCUAGCCAAACUGUGUCUAGAACGGAACCACGCCGGCGUCGCAGAGCUCAAGUUCCAAAAUGCGAGGUGGUGGAGAAAUCUCAAUCGUUGGAUGUGUAUUGUGGGUGUAGUGGUCAUUACCCUCGCCGUGGUUUUGGCUAUAAUAGGGACGAAGAGUCAC